AUGACGGGUGAGUUGUGGUCUGCUGCAACUCCAUCUUCCCCGCAUGACGUUGUUCGUCAGCCCACUCGUGCAACCCAACUCAUUGACCUUCCGUAUGAAUUUAGCGAGGUUAUCCACUUGGCAUCGGCAUUCAAAUGCCCAUCAAUUCCACUGGAUGAGAACGCUGCCAAUGUUCCGACAAUGUGCCUUGUAUGCGGCCAGAUUUUGUGUUCUCAGAGCUACUGCUGUCAGAAACAGGUUGGCAAAGAGAGUACUGGAGCCUGUAGAUAUCACAUGAUGCAUUGCUCUGGUCCAAUGGGAGUAUUUCUAAGAAUCCGAGACUGUGCCGUAGUCUUGAUGACAACGCGGAACCGUGGUUGUUUCCGUGCGGCACCGUAUGUCGACGAAUUUGGAGAAGCUGACCAAGGGUUUCGACGAGGCAAUCCGCUCCAUCUUAACGAAGAGUUGUACCACAAGUUGCGACAACUUUGGCUACAGCAGGGCAUUGCUGAAGAAGUCGUUAAUCAAUAUGAGAUAGACCAUCGGAAUAUGCAGUACGAUUGGGGCCAUUUCUAG